GCUUUAUCGCAUUACGGGGCUCGGUCAAACAGAUUAAAUGUGACCACGGUACCAAUUUUGUAGGCACCAAAAAUGAAUUGAAUGCAGCUCUACAGGAAGUUGAUGCUGAGAGACUAGUAACUUUCCUCACAGAAAAGCAAUGCGAUUUUGUCUUCAAUGCACCUCAUGCAAGCCAUGCUGGUGGAGUGUGGGAGCGACAGAUAAGGACUGUGAGAAAUAUUCUGAACUAUACACUCAGCCUCUCGCCUGGUCGACUCAAUGACACUUCCUUAAGGACCUUUUUGUACGAGGCAGCAGUGAUCGUAAACAGCCGCCCACUCACAACAGACAACCUCAAGGAUCCGAACAGUUUGGAACCACUGACUCCUAAUCACCUCAUCACCAUGAAGGCUACCACCGCUUUACCCCCCCUGGAAGGUUUGUUCGGGAGGACCUGUAUGGACAAAAGAGAUGGCGCCAAGUGCAGUAUCUGGCAGAGCAGUUCUGGAGCCGUUGGAGGAAGGAGUACCUCCACAACAUCAUGGUCAGACAACGAUGGCACAAGCCUAAGAGAAACAUUCAAGUAGGUGAUAUAAUAAUGGACAUGGACGAAACACAACCACGAUCUAUGUGGAGGCUCGGAAGAAUCUCAGAAACUGUAACAGACAAAGAUGGGCUCGUAAGACGGGUGAAGGUAUUGCUUGGAGAUAAAAAUCUGAGCAAAAGAGGUGAACGCAUGAGUAAGGUAUCUGUGGUAGAACGCCCAGUUCACAAGUUGAUUCUGCUAUUAGAAGCUUGUUAGAGAUAAAGCUCAAUAUAAAACGCAGGAAGGUUUAUAAGUUCAUAAUUUUCUGUAAAAGGGUCAUUUCAUGUAAGGAAAUAAUUUGUGUGUUAAGUUAAAGUGUGUUAAAACACCAAAUUAUUUGGUGGGAGUGUGAUGACCCAAGGGUAAAGUUUAUUUCCAUUAUAUGUUUUAUUGUGCUUUUAUUUUUGUACUUCCUUUCAACCCGGAAGUGUAUCGAAAAGGAUAGUGUCGGAAGGUAACUUGACAAGGUAAAAAAAAACGAGGAGGGUGAGCAAACGCAAGGAGAAACGUGAUGGAGCUCAAACGGGGAGAGAAAGUUUAGUUUCAGUCGAAAGUGGCUACAAGCUCUUACGUUGGUUUGAGAACGGCAAAAAAUCAAUAAAACCCUUAAACCAUCAGUCCGGGCUAACUGAUUUCGACUGGAAGCUACACAAUAGCUCGUGGCUCUUUGAUUCGCUGCUCUUCAGAAGUGAACAUGACUAAUACAGAUAAGCAGUUCAUUCUUGAUGUUGUUUCUGGAUGUAUCGAGCACAAAAAGUUACUGGACACAGUCAUUGAACUCUUCUAUGCCGAGAAUGGGAAGUACUUAUCCAGAAGUGAUCGCAGCCAGUUUGUCAUUAUCUGCUACCUCACCACAUUCCGGCUUGAUGAACUUGGACUUCAGUGUUUUAGUAACAUUGUGAAAUCGCUGGACAUCAAGAAGAUGCACGCAUUCUUGAGUUUCUUCUUCACAUACCUCACCACAUGGAUACAAGAUAAGUGGACCAGCAUCUAUGAUGUUGCCUUUGUGCAGAAACAGUGGAUUGAGCCUCUACUCAGGUGAAAAAAGUAGAAUCCAACACACAUUUUCCUGAGUAAACGCUACGCUACGAGGUUGGAAUUAUCAACAAGAUGCCGUCCAAGCCGAAUGCAUUCCCAAAUAUGCACUGAAGUCAAUGGAAAGCGUUUUAGCCAUUGUUGCAGACAUCAUGUCCCUUCGUACUGGAGUGAAGAGUCUUUACACACUUGAUGGACAACCUGUUAAAUCUGUGAUGGAGUUGAAGUUUGACGGCUGUUACGUUGCUGUUAGUAAGGGGAAGUUUAAACCUGUUCAGUACUUCAGCAAGAAAUGUGACGGGAACAAAUGUAAAGAGAAACUAUUUGUUCAAGCAGUACGUCAUAAAGAAGACAUUAAACCUGUUGUUCAGACCAAAACCGAGGCGACUGGUAAAAAUGAGAGAAAUCCAAAAAUAGAGUAUUUCACCAUCGAUGUUUUCACCAAUGGAGAGCCUCUAAUUCCUUCAGUGACUGUAAAAAUUCCAAAGACGGCUCUGAAGUCGAUGGACAACAUCUGCAGCGUGGUGGGAUCCAUGAUGUGCUCUCAUGCUGGAGUGAAGAGGCUUUACACACUUGAUGGACAGCUUGUGAAAGAUCCACAAGACUUGAAGAAUGAUGGAAAAUAUGUUGCUGUUACCAGGGGAAGGUUUAAACCUGCCGACUACUUCCAGCCAGUCCGAGUGCCCCUGAAGAACAAGGUGAAGAAUAAAUGUGAAGAAACUCCACCUGCUGUUCAGGCGACACGUCACAAAAAACAAGUGAUAAAGCCAGUGGUUCAGCUCAAGGAUAAUCAAAAAUUGAGGCCUUUCUCCAUAAAGAUUUUUACCAAUGGAGAGCCUCUAAUUCCUUCAAUUAACGUCAAGAUUCCCAAAUAUGCAUUGAAGUCAAUGGAAAGCGUUUUAGCCAUUGUUGCAGACGUCAUGUCCCUUCGUACUGGAGUGAAGAGUCUUUACACACUUGAUGGACAACCUGUUAAAUCUGUGACGGAGUUGAAGUUUGACGGCUGUUACGUUGCUGUUAGUAAGGGGAAGUUUAAACCUGUUCACUACUACUUCAGCAAGAAAUGUGACUGGAACAAAUGUAAAGAGAAACUAUUUGUUCAAGCAGUACGUCAUAAAGAAGACAUUAAACCUGUUGUUCAGACCAAAACCGAGGCGACUGGUAAAAAUGAGAGAAAUCGAAAAAUAGAGUAUUUCACCAUCGAUGUUUUCACCAAUGGAGAGCCUCUAAUUCCUUCAGUGCCUGUAAAAAUUCCAAAGACGGCUCUGAAGUCGAUGGACAACGUCUGCAGCGUGGUGGGAUCCAUGAUGUGCUCUCAUGCUGGAGUGAAGAGGCUUUACACACUUGAUGGACAGCUUGUGAAAGAUCCACAAGACUUGAAGAACGAUGGAAAAUAUGUUGCUGUUACCAGGGGAAGGUUUAAACCUGCCGACUACUUCCAGCCAGUCCGAGUGCCCCUGAAGAACAAGUGAAGAAACCCCACCUGCUGUUCAGGCGACACGUCACAAAAAACAAGUGGUUUCUGAAUCUGGUUGUCAAGAAGAACCUGACAUCCAAGAAUCAGAGCAAAGAAAGAAGAACAUUCUUAAACAGCAGAAGAUCUGCCCACCA